AUGAAUCCAAGUUUCAAGAUAUCGGACUUUCCUUCAGUAACAGAGAAGUUUAUAAUAGUAGAGGAUACCGGAGAUGAUGAUGAUGAUAAUAAUAAUAAUAAUAAUAAUAAUAAUAAUAAUAAUAAUAAUAAUAAUAAUAAUAAUCGGUUCAGCAUCGCCAGCUCGAGAAUUGAUGAAUAUAGUUAUAUGAUUCAACAACCACAGAUGACCAAAAGAAGAACUUUUGACAACCGUUCGAUCCUGUCUGAGAAAGAAUUUUUCAGUAACAGUAUUAAUGAGAAGUACAAUUACAAUAAUAGAUUCAACUCUCCAGCAGAGACAUUUGUUGGAAGUAUAGAACUGAAAAAAUUUGAAAGCAUGAGUCAGUCGUCAUCUUCCUCCAGAUCAACGUUAUACAACAGCACAAUUUCUCAGCCGAUUUUCUAUUCUAGUGAUUAUGAUUUAGAUCCUCUAUCAUCCAACUCUGCCAUUGUGGAUGAAUAUGAAGCAAAUCAACUUAUUCAAGGCCUAAGGCCUCACAAUGUGGCAUUCAUUACUUUAUGCUCGGUUUUUGGAACUGGUUUUUUCUUGACAUCGUCAACAAUUUUGGAAAAUUCCGGCCCUUUAUCAUUAUUCCUUGGCUUUUUAUUCACUGGUAUAUUGGCAUUUCAAGUACUUACUGCGUUGUCUGAUAUGUCGUCUUAUAUCCCGCUACCAGAUAAUUUAAGUGGGUUCGCAAAUAGAUUUGUUGAUCCUGCCCUUGGUUUUUCUACUGGUUAUGCUUUCCUUUUGACAUUCCUACUAUUUGUCCCCAAUCAAAUUUCUGCUGCCACUUCAACAAUGUCAUACUGGAUCGAUCCAGAAACCAUCACUCCGGCAGUUUGGAUCUUAGUGUUCAUCCUCGCGGUCGCCAUGGUCAAUUAUUGCAAAAUCACCAAGUAUGCCUAUCUUGUGGACUCAUUCAUCGUGAUAAAGCUAACCAUAUAUUUCAUUCUUGCAGCCACCCUUGCUUGUUUGAUUUUCGGCGGUGGUCCAAAACAUGAUAGAUUAGGCUUCAGAUAUUGGAAAGAUCCUGGACCUAUGGCGACUUAUGGGGAAAUGAAAGGCCUGGGCGGCAGAGUCGUUGGGUUAUUGGUUUCAACAAUUAAAAGCUCAUGGAGCUAUGUGGGGAUUGAAAGUUUUUCUGUGGCAGCUAUUGAAACCAUCAAUCCAAGACUGACGAUUCCAAAAGCCAAAAACAUCUUGUUCAAAUUAUUGUUCCCGACUUACCUCAUCAUGGCGUUUUUGAUUGGUCUAUGUGUCGCUUAUAAUGAUCCAAAUCUCAUAUUAUCUCAAAAAUUAGGCUCUGAUGACCCCAAAUCAAGCGUUAUAUCCAUUGCGUUGUAUAACGCCUCAAUAGGGGUCAUGGGGAACUUUGUCAAUGCUUCCUUAUUGAUCUUUAUCUUUUCUGCUGCAAACACUGGGUUUUACUUAAGUACUCGGAUCCUAUAUGGAUUAUCAGCAAGUGAGAUAGCCCCAAAAUGUUUUAUCAAGACAACCAAAAGUGGGGUCCCAAUUUAUUCCUUUCUUUUUGUGCUCGCGUUCAGUUUCAUUUCCUUCAUUAGCGUCAGGCAAGAAAGUGUGCAAACUUACCAUUAUUUUGUCGAUGCCACUUCGGUAUUUAGUUUGAUUAACUGGGCUUGUAUUUUGUUGACCCACAUUCGAUUCCUCGGAGCGUUCAAAAGGCAAAAUCUCAUCCAUGAAUUCAAAACUUACGUUCCAAGAUCCACUACAUCCAUAAUCCCAUCCAGCAUCGCACUUUCAGGGGUUUUAUUCAUUAUUUUCGGUAAUAAUAUAACGGUUUACAUUGAUAGUGCCGAAACUCGUUCGUUCAAUGUAGGCGAAUUUAUUGCCGGAAUGAUUGCUAUUCCAAUAUUCAUUGGUUUAUAUUUGGGAUUUAAGAUCUAUUAUCAGACCUCUUUUGUCGACCUUGGGGAGGCGGAUUUGUAUUUCUACAGAGAUAUAGUCGAUGCUAAAGAAAGGGUUUAUCUUCAACAAAAAAUGAACAAUGACCAGCAGUAUUCUAGCAUGAAUUUUUUCCAAAGGCUUCGCAACAAGAUUUGCAUUUAUUCUGUUCAAUAA